AUGGGUGGCAAAUCAUUACAAGUGGAUUGUUUGGAAGCUUGCAUGCCUAGAAAGGAGCUAUCCAAAUAAAGCCAUUGGAAAGCUUUUGACAGUUUGUAAUGUGCUCGAGGAAUUGAAAUACAGAUAUGAAAGAGAAGUCAAUUAUGGACACAAAUCGACAAUUAAGAAGAUACUUGAUGGUGAUGUGUCACCUUCAUCGAUGAUGAUUCUCUGUGUUUCGGCAAUCCAUUCUUAUUUGGGUUCAAGGAAUGAUGAAGUGUUUGUUUCAUUUGAUUUACAUGGCAAUCAUAGGAAUCCUAUUGGUAUUGGCAGUAAUCAUUUAUUUAAACAUUUAAUUAAUUCAAUCCUAGUAAAAUAUGAAAGAGAAGUCAAUUAUGGACACAAAUCGACAAUUAAGAAGAUACUUGAUGGUGAUGUGUCACCUUCAUCGAUGAUGAUUCUCUGUGUUUCGGCAAUCCAUUCUUAUUCGGGUUCAAGGAAUGAUGAAGUGCUUGUUUCAUUUGAUUUACAUGGCAAUCAAAGGAAUCCUAUUGGUAUUGGCAGUAAUCAUGCCGCGAAGAUAGAACUAACUGAUGGGUGGUACUCGCUUGAUGCCACCUUAGAUGGACAUCUAUCGAAACAACUGCUUGCUGGAAAGUUGUUUGUAGGCCAAAAACUUAGAGUUUGUGGAGCUGCUUUUUGUGGUUGGGUUGAACCUAUUUCACCACUUGAGGCAUCAAACUCGGUCAGUUUAGUCCUGCAUAUUAAUGGAACGUACCGAGCACAUUGGGCUGACUCAUUAGGAUUCAGUAGAGGCAUUGGAGCUCCUUUGGCUUUUAGGUGCAUCAAAAAUGGCGGGGGUAAAAUUCCUAAGACAUUAGUUGGUGUUACUCGACUCUAUCCCGUCUUGUACAAGGAGAGAUUACAGGGUGGUGGUUCUAUUGUGAGGUCAGAAAGUCUGGAAAAGAAAAUACUUGAGCUUAACAAUAGGAGGCGAAGUGAUAUUGUUGAAGAUAUUAUAUCUGAGGUGGAUGAUGCUUUAUUAAAUCUUAAUGAAAGCGAAGAGGGAGCAAAACUUCUUAGGAUUCUUGAAACUUCUGCUGAGCCUGAAGUCCUAAUGGCAGGAAUGAGUUUGGAGCAACUUAAUUCCUUCUCAAAUUAUCAGGCAAAACAGGAGGCAUUGAGGCAAGCCAAUUUGUAUAAGAAGAUUGAGAAAGCUUUGGAAGAAGCCGGUCUUGGUUCGAGAGAUGUUUCUCCUUUUAUGAGGGUGAGAGCUAGCGGCUUGACUAGUAUCGAUUCAUGUAGGAAGGGAAGGCCAUGGGAAGGCUUGAUAACAAUCUGGAAUCCUACUGAGAGGCAGAAGCUUGAUCUUGUGGAAGGCCAAAUAUACUCUGUUUCAUGGCUCACACCAUUUUGCGGCAGCACUGAUUUCUUAUACUUACAAAGUAGGGGACCGUCUUCAGAAUGGAUUCGGUUACCAGCCACAGAACACAAGAAAUAUGAUUCUUUUUUUAUCCCUCGGAAAUCAGUGUUGCUAUCAAAUUUGGGUGAGGUGCCCCUAGCCAGUGAAUUUGAUAUAUCAGCCGUUGUUGUGUAUGUGGGGGAAGCCUAUUUUACUGCUCGUCAGAGAAAACAGUGGAUUUUUGUGACGGAUGGAUCUGGAUGGAUCAAUGAAGAUGAACAUGAUGGUCUCCUAGCUAUUAGUUUUUGCUCACCCAUUUCUGGCAGUGAUUCACUUGAACAGAUCAACCAAUGUCUUUCAGGAAGCACUGUUGGCUUCUAUAAUCUUAUCAAGCGACCAAGGGACCGAAAUAAUCAUUUAUGGGUAGCUGAGGCAACGGAGAAUUCUAUAUAUUCCAUUAGCCACAAUAUACCUUGUGGUUCGCAUCUCAAAGGAUCUGCAGAUUUGGCGUUGAAAUGGGCAAAUACUUCUCCUUUG